AUGGGCGGAUGCCUGCUAGAUUGGCAUGCGUGUGAUCUGUUCCCUCUAAGCUGGAUCGAUCUCGUGGUCGUCCUUCGGGUCAGCUCCUCGACCCUCUACGAUAGGCUUGCUGCAAGAGGGUAUUCAGAGGUCAAGCUGCAAUCAAAUCUUGAUGCUGAGCUCAUGGACGUAUUGAUCGAGGAGGCUCGCGAGUCGUAUGACGAUGAAAUUGUCAUUGAGCUAACGAGCGAUUCAUCAGAAGAGAUGGAGGGAAAUAUUGAUCGUAUCGAACAAUGGGUGCAGCAAUGGAGGCUCGACCAAGCGACGGGAAAUUUAGAUCAGUCUGUCGAAUAG